GGUAGUGGCCCUGCGACCUGGGCAGAGCGAAGGCAAUGGGCACCCUCAUCCCGGGUUAGGCAUGUAUCCAGAGGAGGCGGAGAGCCAUGCCUCUGGAAGACAUGGUGAAAAAUCUCCAGAAGUUGAAAGAAGGCGUCACGCCGACGUGGGGCGCUUUUGGGCGUCAGUGAGUCAACGAUGCUCACUACUGAGAAAAACUAGAAGGCCGUCACGUUUUGCCCUUCUUCUCUACUGAACUCCCCAGGAUGUAAACAUCAAGAAGAUGGAGACCGAGUUAACCUUUUGGGUCAAGGACGGGAUCAGAUGAUCCUGACAGCUUCUUUCCUGACUUACCCCAUGCUCAGGACCCUUAGCCUGCAGCUCCAUUCAGCUGUCACUGGCAGUUAUGUCUCCGGCACUUACUCCAUCGUCCUUGUCAACUGUCCCAACGAGCAAAUUGCCAGAGAGAUUGCCAGGGCAAUCCUGGAUAAGAAGCUGGCAGCCUCUGUGAACAUCCUGCCCAAGGCAUCCUCAUUGUACUUUUGGAAUGGAGAAAUAGAAGAAGCCACUGAGAUCCUGUUGUUAAUAAAGACAAAGACUUCCAAGGUCCACAUGCUCUCCAGCUAUGUCAGGCUGGUGCAUACUUUUGAGAUCCCAGAGAUCUUCAGUCUUCCCAUGGACCAAGGAGAUGUGCACUAUUGGAAGUGGCUGGAGGAGGGCAUGGAGGAGGACUGAGAGGGACGGCCUCCUGUGGAUCCUGCUGGCUGACACUAGCCUUCAUCAGCCGCAUGCUGGGGAAAGGAUGCUGCUUCCUGCCUCUCAGCAGCUCUGGAUUCCUUGUUUUUGUCAGCGCAGAGGAGCUGAGUAACUUGUGUAGGAUGAAGGGCCGAGGCUCCUGAGGCUAGAAGAGGAUGCUGGGCCAGUCCAGGCCAAGCGAGAACCCAGUGGAACUUGUCUCUGAGUACUUCCUAAUAGGUGGCCAGGGGAUGAGGGCAAGGAGGGUAGUGUGCAGGGGACAAGGAGAGAUGGCAGGGAGGGUGAGAUGUGUCAUCUGCAGCAGUCACUGGGCUACCUCAAAUGUUGGGUGGAAUUACUCUCCUGGUUUUCAGGAGAGACAGAUCUGGUUUGAUCUGUUUACCUAGAAGAGUGUGGGUUGAAGGUCAGCUUCUGGAGGAACUGGCAGCACUUUAUCCAAAAGGAUGGAUUGUGAAUGGUGCAAUUUCAGGGACAAGCAAGAUUAUUUCUCCUGGCUGAGGGUGGCACUUGUUAUUCCUGAGGCCUGAGGAGUGGGUCUGGAAUGAGCUUCAGGAGUGUGUGUAGGACUGGGGCGAUAUUAGUACUUAGACACAGCUCAUGGGUUGGGAAUAGGUCUUGACCUUCCUAGCCUGAAUAUGACCAGCAUCAGGAGGUUCUGGUGUCUUGCUCAGUGGAGACAGGCUUGCUUACUGGAGCAUUGAAACUGAGCGUCCUAAAGCAGAAAGAACCCCGGGGAACUUCCAGACCGUGCUCCUCAGACUUGCCCACAGAGCCCAGAGGGUGACAGGAGGUAUGGGGACUGCCUGCCCCUCUCCGCCACCUUCAGCCAGUGCAACUGUUUUUUUUAAAAUUUUUAUUUUAUGUAUUGAGUUCUCAUGAGAUUUGUGGAGCUUUUAUAAAAGUUUUCUUUGUCAAAAGUUGUAAAUGAGUGGUGUAAGCCUGUCUCCACUCUAUAGGUUUAAAGGAAACGGAACUGCACUGAGGUCCGGAAAGGGAGUGGCGUGAUGUUACUAACGGGACAGCCAGGCUACCUACCCUGAGUCUGGUGUGCUCCUAUCCCUGCUCCUUCCCAGGUGGAAGAGGGCAUGGAAGGCCGAACCCCCAACUCAUCCUAAACUUGAUGCUUUUUACUGCCUCUUCCAAAGAGGCUGGAAAAUGUCCUUUUGUAGACCAGAGACCCAGAGAGCCUGCUGCAGCCUAUUGUAAAGGAAGUGUUUUUAUAAUAGUUCAUCUAUGUGGUAAGUGGGCCUGGGACUUCUACCACUGGCUGGAGGUAGGUGAUAGUGUCUUUAUUCUGUACGUAAGAGGAUGGAUUUAGAGCUCAGCGAUUUUUAAAGUCUGCAUGACUCCAUCUUGCAUGGUUUGGCCUUUACGUCUCCCCGAUUGGUGCUGUGGAGCCGGGCCGGGGCCUAGACCAGUGUUUCCACAGGGGAUGCCUUCCCAGCAUUUCUCAGGACAUGUACGUGUUUUGAAUCGGGAAUCGCCAGAAAAAUCAGUUCAGAGAAUAUGGAG